AUGGCUUAGACUUGGCUUUGGUCAUGUCGGGCUUUGCAGUUGGGUACUUUGGCUUUCAGUACCAUCCGACGGAGCAUCCAGAUCCGCCCGCCAUUGUUGGUAUUGGAUAUCUCCAAUUCUCUUCCCUCUCCAGAAACCUAGAGCAAUCACGAACAAAUUGUCUUCAGUGGCGGGAAUUCGAUUCAAAUUCAAUAAACAGAGGCCCGCUUUGCCCUAGAAUCCUAAAUAAAUGGAUUCUAGUGUUGUGAGAGAAUUUAUAAGGAAAGAAUUCCCUGAUUGGGACGACGAAGUGAUCGCCACAGCUCGAUUCAAAGCAUUUAGCGGCCAAAGAUCCGAUUGGGAAUCCAAAUACCUAUUUUGGAGGGAUUUGAUUCUCAAAAUUGCUCGCCAUCUGGGCAUUUUCCUUAUUGGACCUUCUCAGGUGAAAAAUGAGUGGUUUAAUCGAGGAGGAUUGACCCCUUUAUGCCUUGAUCAUGUACUGUUUUUAAUGUAUAGUGAAGGUGAUGUUGUACGAAGUGUUGAUUUUGUGGAUCCUACAAGUGGGCGACUCUCCCAGUUAUUUAGAAAAGUAAGAAAUUUGGUGGUUAAAUCAACCACAACCCUGGACUUAAUGCUGGAAGAUAGUGUCAUUCUUACAGCUUUAUUGAAGGAAAAAGCUACUGAAAUUAUCAAACUUUUAUCUCAAAGUCAUUGGACAUCUUCAUGCAUUGUUACUAUGAGGAAGUUCCAGGAUAUGUGUGGAGGACCAAAUGAAGCAUCUGCAGUUUUGAGUUAUCUGUCUGGACUAGGGAAAGCACAAUUUCUCUCAGUUAAUAAGAAGGAACUGAUAGAGGGCGUUAAAGUUUCCCUAUCACCAGCACCAGUGCCUACCAUCUCAAGCUUGGAUUAUGAUGUUCUGCACUUGAUAUGGACAACAGAGAAGCUUCAGCAGCAAAUUGAUUUGAUUGAUCGGCGUUAUGAAAUAUCAAGGAAAUCGGCGUUGGUGUAUGUGAAGUCUGGAAAUAAGAAAAUGGCCAUAAGGCAUGCUAGGGAGAUGAAGUUGGCCUCAGAAAGUAGAGAAAAAUGCACUUCGCUUCUGAACAGAGUGGAGGAGAUUCUUAAUGCUAUAAUGAAUGCUGAAUCUACAAAGAAGGUAACUGAGGCCAUCCAAAUUGGAGCUCAAGCGAUGAAGCAAAACAGGAUAACUAUGGAGGAAGUUGAUCUCUGUUUGGAAGAACUUGAGGAGAGUAUUGAUUCUCAAAAACAAGUUGAAAAGGCUCUGGAAUCAACUCCAUCAUAUGCUGGUAUUGAGGAUGAAGAUGUUGAAGAGGAGUUCAAGAAAUUAGAGUUUGAAGUAGGAAGUGACGACCUCCAACCUUCAGUUCCAAGGAUUGGAGUUAGCAGUACAUCAGGAGAAACAGGUAAUUUGGUAUCCACCGACUCACUCAGUGAUGCCUUGUCAAAUCUCAAGCUUCGGGAUGUUUCAGAAAAUCAGGUUUUUGUGGGGGCAAUGAGGACCGAUGGAUCAAAAGAUCUUACACUUGAAGCAGCAUAAAUGACAGGGAAAACAAAAUUCAUUUACCAUUCUAGCAUGUCUAUGAUGUGAAAUUCUCUAGCUGUUGGGUUCUCACGUAAUUUUGUGUAUUAUAAAUCGACACUGUAUGGUUCAAAAUUCAAAUAUGUAUAUACAACAAAAUUCAAGUCACUGAAUUAUGAUGUU